CGGGGCGGCUCCCGCGGCAGAGGAAGGGGGGGAGCCAUGAGCAGAGGCAGGGGUGGCGCAAGAGGAGGAAGAGCACGAGGAAGAGGUGGACAGAGAGGCGGAUUCGCUGCUGCAAGAACGAGAGAUGAAGUCGAAGAUUCCAACGUACAUAUACGCGAUUCACCCGAGCCUGAACAAAGUCCGUCAGAAUCUUCCGACGACUCUGCCUCUGACGCAGACGAGGAUGAAGACGAGGAAGCAGAAUCAACCUCAAACGCAUAUGCCGCCCUACUGCGCUCCUUGUCAUCGCGCUCAAAAUCUGUCCAUGCAGGUCCAGACGAACCACGCAACAAGAAGCGGAAGUUGCGCCACGAAACAGCCGAUACUCCAGAUUCUCACGACUUCGACGAGCGAGCAGCCUGGCAGGAGAAUGGUCUAGGUGGCCUUGGGGAAACAAACGAUUCGUUGUCUGGGCAUACUGAGGACGAAGCAGCACUCCAAGACGAUGAUGGUCCAGAGGAGACACAGGACCUGGAUGAUUCCGCUUUUCAAACCCAUUUCGUCAAUCCGGACGAGAAUGAUUUAGCGUCACAGAUAAAACGAAUUGCGGACAACCAAUGGGCGACGAAGAAAUUGGAGGCUGGUGGAGGCAGAGGCAUAUUUCAAACACCGAGCACAGAAGAGACGUCAUUAUUGCGGCGGAAAGUAAAGAGUACACGCGAUGUUGGUCUGAAGGCGCGGCUUGUCGAUAAUGCGCACAAGGAGAUCGGGAGCUUCGAACCCCUUGAGCAGGAAAUCGCAACUUCUAUAUUCGGCUAUCAGGAUUUGUUGUUUGGCGCAAGAACUGUACAGAAUGCCAAUCGCCUCCGCGACAUCACCUGCCUCCACGCGCUCAAUCACAUCCUAAUGACGCGAGAUAAAGUCCUGAAAAACAACGCGAAGCUGGCAGCCGCAACCGAGAACGAUGAUGCCGAGUACCGCGACCAGGGCUUUACGCGACCGAAAAUACUCUUUUUGCUCGAGACGAAACAGGCUUGUGUCCGCGUGCUGGAUUCAAUUACCAAACUGCACAGUUUCGAGCAGCAAGAGAAUAAGAAGCGGUUCCUAGACAGUUUCUCACAGCCCGAAGACAAGUUUUCUGACGACAAGCCAACAGACUUCCGCGAGCUCUUUGAAGGCAACGAUGACAACGAGUUUCGCGUUGGCGUCAAGCUGACCCGGAAAACAUUGAAAUUUUACUCUACCUUCUACAACUCAGAUAUCAUUUUUGCCUCGACGCUAGGUCUGCGACGAGCCAUCGAAUCCGGUGACCCCAAGAAGCGAGACUAUGAUUUCCUAUCAUCUAUCGAAAUGGUCAUCAUGGAGCAAGCAGACGCAACGCUCAUGCAGAACUGGGAACAUGCUGAGUUUGUCUUCGAGCAUUUGAACCUCCAACCGAAGGACGCACACGGUUGCGAUUUCUCCCGCGUCCGAUCGUGGUACCUUGACGGCCACGCCCCGUACAUCCGCCAAACAAUCGUGCUAUCCGCAUACCUCACACCAAAAAUCAACACACUAUACAACAAACACAUGCGCAACGUCGCAGGCCGCCUAAAGUUCACACCCGAUUAUAAUUCUGGGCUCAUUGAAUCACUAUCCUACGGCAUAAAACAGACGUUCCUCCGGUUCGAGUCGCCAUCCCAUCUCACUGACCCAGAUGCGCGCUUCAAGUUCUUUAACUCCUCCAUCCUCCCAUCCAUUAUGCGUCUUCCUCGACCUCUGGAAGGUGGCCUAGGUGUCCUUGUUUUCAUCCCUUCGUAUCUCGACUUCGUACGCGUCCGCAACUCGCUGGUCGACUCAGACCUCUCAUACGCCUCCAUCAGCGAAUAUACAGACCAGACCGACGUUCGUAAAGCGCGGAGUCACUUUAUGAAUGGCAAGCAUUCACUACUACUAUAUACCGGACGUGCGCACCACUUCCACCGCUACAAUAUUCGUGGCGUCAAGAGAGUGGUGUUCUAUGGGGUGCCGGAGAAUCCAAAGUUUUAUGACGAAGUAGUGGGGUUCAUCGGGAAGACGCUUGAGAGGGGCGAGAUUAGUAGGGCGGAAGCGAAUGUGCGUGUCUCCUUCUCCAAGUGGGAGAGGCUGGAGCUCGAGAGGAUUGUUGGCACGAAGAGGGUUGGGAAAAUGAUUGGGGAUAAGGGGGAUGUGUUUGAUUUUGUGUAAGUAUUGUGUUCGAGUAGAUUAACUUCAAUAGCGGCGCUGCUCUUUCCCGGUCCAGCAGCCGCGUUCAAAUACCAGGAUUGCACAGCUGAGUUGCU